AUGGCAGAUAUUAAAAAUGAAAUUGGCCUACCUGCUGCCAUCAGAGUUACCCGAGGCUUGGAGUUUGAGAUGACAGUUGGUGAGUCGGCGGUCGCCGCGGCCUGGGUGCUCGCGCGCCCUUGGAACCAUGCUGAGGAGCUGCGCCGCGCGCCUGCACGCGGUGGGGGCUCUGCGCGGCCUCCGGGGGUGCGCGCGCCCCUGGGCCAGGAGCUCCGGACCCGCGCCGCUUAUUUGCCUACAGCCUCAAAGCUUAUAAACGAAGAAAAACUGUUACAGGCCAAGAUCUUCACCAGAAACUUUGAGGAUGGCCUGGGCUUUGAAUAUGUGAUGUUCUAUAAUGAUGUUGAGAAAAGGGUAGUCUGUGUGUUUGAAGGAGGUCCUUACCUGCAAGGAAUGCCCGGAUGCCUUCACGGAGGUGCCAUUGCAACCAUGAUUGAUGCUACUGUUGGUACGUCUGCGAUGAUAGCUGAAGGAAUUGUCAUGACUGCCAAUCUCAACAUCAAUUUUAAAAGACCUGUCCCCCUUUGUUCUGUUGUUUUGAUUAAUAGCCAACUUGAUAAAAUUGAAGGAAGAAAACUGUUUAUUUCCUGUAACGUUCAAAGUGUUGAUGAGAAGACCCUGUACACAGAGGCAACAAGUUUAUUUAUAAAGUUGGAUCCUGAAAAACAAGUUUAACGUAAAAGAGCUUCUGCUGAAUUCCACUCCAUAUGCAUAAGGCUCAUUGUCCUCCACGAGAAGCUGUCGUCCCCAGUCCUGCUCUGCUUACCUGCUGUUGCGCCCCCUUCUGGUGACACCUGCUGACACGGCCUUCCUGAACAGUCUGAACACAGCUCCAGGAGCUGUUUCCACCUUCUACAUUUUUAAACACAGAAACACUUCCUAUGAGAGUAAUUUGUUUAUUAUUAUUUUUUAUUCCUCUAGCAAUGUAUUUCUAAUAAGAAGGCAGAAUGAAACAAAAGGAAGUCAGGAAAACCUUUUUGUUCUGUAUUAAGGAAGCUCAUGUCCCCCAUAUUCCUAUGUUCCCCACUCCAUUACCUUCCUGGACCCUGGCCUCUUCUCUAUCCCAGAGAGUUGUGAGGCCAAAUUAUUGUCCUGCCUAAUAACUAGCCAUCAUGGAACCCUAGCCAAACAUAUUUUUUAGUGCCAAGUAUACAACAUUUUCUAUAGUAGAGACAAUGAGGCAAUCUCUUUCUAAUUUAAGUCACCAAAACUAAAUCAUGGAUUCUAUGUCUCAGGAAGGUUUAAAUUUUCUUUUAAUAGUAUUCUUGGUCUGGCAUUACUAUGAUCAGCUCAGAAUUACAGAACUGGCUUAUUCCUCAUCUUUAUUAUAGGUUUAAAAUUAAGUGGACUGCAGACAAAGAUACUACAAGGAAGAAAAAGAAAAAAAAAA